UUACAAAUAAUUGGUGACAUCGUGAUURAACAUGACAAUAAUCAAAUGGAAGUUAAUGAUGGAAAUCUCACUAUAGAUCAUGUACAAAAAUCGAGACAAAUGAUUGAAGUUAGGUUAAAUAAAACGCCAAAAACUUCUGCAGAACGUGGUCGAGAAUUCAGAGCACGAAAAGCACUGCUUAAACAACAAUGUAAGCAACAACAGGAACCAGAUGCAAUAGUUGAAAUUGCUACAGAAGAUAUUCAAAGUGCUGGUUCAUCAGAAAGCAAUCAAGUCCCUGAACCCUCUGACAUAACGACAAUAGAAAGGAGAGCAAAGUCUGCAGAGGCAACACGGCGAUGGAGAGAGAAAAAAAGGCGUUAGUGAGUCAUCAAAAAAAACAGUGGAAAACUGCAGCUCAACGCAUGCGAGAAUACCGAGAGAGAAAGAAAUUAGCAAAGAAAGUACUGUUGGAGCAGCAAAGUAAUCAAGAUUUAGAUGCUAUAGUCAGUACAUCAUCAUCACAAGUGAAUCAAAGGGCUGGUCCAUCAACAAUAAACAGCAUACCCGCAGAGCUAACUAGAAGAGGGAAUUUACAAUCACAGCAACAAAUUGAAAGAUCAGAACGUACACGAGAAUAUCGUGAGAGAAGAAAUGAUAAUGUCAACAUGGAAUCUUAAUUAUCAUUGAAAUUAUAUAUGUUGUGUUUUUGAUAAAAAAAAUUUUAGGCUAUAUUUUAUUUUAAUAUAUAUCUUUUUCUGUUCAUAGCAAUAAUCUAUCGGGAAAUAAUGAAGAACAAUCAGACCUCUGUGAUUUAACUUUKAAGUACGACGACAUUGCAAAACAUAAAAAGGCUCAUGAAAAUUCCAAUCGAAAAUUUCGGAAAAAUCCAUUUGGUUAUUCAUGUACAGUCUGUGAUAGAUUAUGGUUUAAAAAUGACUUAAAAAAGGCAUCUGACAAUUAUAAAGAUCUAUUGAAGAAAAUCAUCGACCACGUCCUAUMUUCAACUUCAUCACCACCACAAGUAUUCUUCACUGGACCUGCUGGUUCUUCCAUUAUCAACAGAGAUGGCAAAUCAAUAUCGUACUAUUCAGAUAUGUAAAAGUCUUGAUCAUAGAUGAAGUAAGCAUGAUUGGUGCAGAAUUAUUAGCUCAAAUCGAUGUUAGACUAAAACAAAUAACAGGGAAUUUUGAAACUAAUUGCGGUGGAUUGGACAUGAUUUUUAUUGGUGAUUUACGGCAACUGCCGCCUGUUCGCGCCACACCAAUAUACAAACAGCCAAAACAGCGUAUGGCAGGACCAAUACUAUGGCGAGGAUUAAAAUUUUACCAAUUGACAGAAGUGAUGCGACAAAGUAAUGCAAUAUUUUCAACAUUACUCACAAAAAUCGGUAAUGGCAUGAUAUUAACAGAUGACGAAUUAGCAAUUAUUGAAUCUAUCACGAGUUACCAGUAUUGACGGACUCUACAUAGUACCAAAAGACAAUGAUAAUAGAUUUUAUCAUGGGCGAAAAAAUGAUACAUCGAUCAUAUCUUUACAAGAUGAAUUUCGCCGAUUAUCGUUGAACACAUUGUCAACAAUAGGUAGAACGAUUCUCGAUUUUAUGAAUGACAGAAAAAAGUUGUCCAUUGUUACUUUUAAUUGCCAAAGUCUCAGAAAACACGUAUCGGACUUGAGCGAUCCCGCCAUUGAUUCAAGCAAUAUCCUGUUUUUAUCAGAAACCUGAUCAAAUGACGAUGAAACAUUGACAUCCCGAAUUUUGAUUGUAUUGCGAAAUUUAAGCGUAAAAAUGUUAGAUCAGCAGGAGUGGCAAUUUAUCASAAAUCGAAUGAWACCUCGAAUAUAGUAACUUCGAACAUGGACAUUCUAUUACGACAUAUUCGUGAAGUUGAUAUUGGUCAGUCAUCAAUUGGUGAUAUAUGUGCUGCUCACUGUGUUUUGGACGAUGGAAAAAACAUCAUAAUGGUAGUUGUUUACAUUUCGCCCAAUAACACAGUUAAUAAUAUCAUAAAGUUUAUAUACAGAAGACGUAUGAUUUAUGGUCGAGUAGGUUCUGAAGAACUAGGAGAAAACUAUCAUACGUUGCCAAUAAUCUUAGCAGGAGAUUUCAAUAUCAAUUUCGCAUCCGAAGAUGGACAACUCUUSAUAAACUUUCUACGAGAUAAAUUAGAAUUACAAAUGAAUAUUGACCGUAAUGAGCCAACUACAAGACAUGGAACAACAAUCGAUGCAGUUUUUUCUAGAUUUCUGUCUAAUUUUAUUUCUAAAAUAUAUGUAUCGUAUUUCUCGUAUCAUAAGCCUAUUGUCUCGGUUUUACAAUCAACCACAGUAAUUAUUGAUGUACCCAAUAAUGAAAAUAACGAAUAAAACAAUGAA